AUUGAGAAUAUUUAAAAUCAAGGUUUCAUCUUGGAGGGACCCAACUGCAAUCCAGAAGUAAAUGUGAGACUGAAAUGACAAAUGGUGGAACCCUAUGGAUUGAAGCGCCAAUCUUUCUUACCCCUUAAAAUUGGAUCAUCAUCAAUCGCACCUUCGCCGCAAAUGAGCUCAAGCUUCUGCCUUCUCUAAUCUCGGAUUACUCAGCUCUAUUGAGGAAGCUUCGCCGAAGAAGGGCAAGGAAAACACAUGGAUUGAAGGGCGAAUCUUACCCCUCCAGUCGCACCUUCGCGGGAAAUGAGCUCGAGCUUUCUGCCCUGUCUACUCUCGGAUUACCCAGCGCCAUCGAGGAAGCUUCUCGGAAAGGCGCCAUCGAGGAAGCUUCUCGGAAAAACGCCAACGCACGGUAUAGAAAAGAAGCAAAAACUUGAACUAGGGGAGAGAGGAUUUUUUUGUUCGGAGGCUUGAGAUUUCAGGUGAUUCUGGGUUUUGUAAGUAACUUUCAAUUUCAAUAAAUAUCUCGAAUUUUCAGUCUAUUCUUAGAUUUUCAAUUUUUUUGGUCUAAGACAUGACUAGGACAGCGAAUCCAAUAGUUUUUUGACUUAGAGUCCAUGGUGUAGGUUUUUUUUUUUUUUUUAAGAACUUCGGAAAUUUUUGGAUGGGGUAUGUAGUCCCAGAGUAUAAAAUCUAGGAUUUCAUGUCGAAGCACGUUACUUUAAGGGGUGGCUAUUAUCCCACUUAGUGCUGCACCAUAGCGUAGUUUGAUUGCAGAGACCACGCUUAGGUGAUUUGGCUUACAUAAUUUGUUUUAUAUUAUUUUGUCUGUCUUUAUAAAUUCAAAACUUUUUA